CUCACUAUAUAGAGACGCGGCGACGCAAUCCGUUUCCAACAAGCCAAGAUAGAGAAGCUCGAGCCUAGAGAAUCUAGCUAGCUCAAGCAGUGCAUCGCCUUAAGCUCCGGGGCGAAGGAAGGAAGGGAUGGCGGGGCCACUGAGCGCGACGCGGCGCACGCGCCCGACGCCGGCGCAGUGCAUCGCGGCGACGCUGUUCGCGCUGCUCGUCGUCGUGGCCAUCAUCGUCAUCAUCUGGCUGGCGGUCCGGCCCGGGAAGCUGCGCCUCUCCGUCGACCACGCCGCGGUCCGCGGCUUCAACUUCACGUCGGGGGGCGCGCUGCAGGGCACCUUCGCCCUCGUCCUCCGCGCCUACAACCCCAACAAGCGCACCGCCGUGUACCGCUCGCUCGACGUCGGCGUGUGGUACGGCGGCACGUACCUGGGCGGCGCCGAGGUGCCGGGGUUCCGCCAGCCGCCGCGCAACGAGACGAGGAUCGUCGUGGCGGCUCCGGCGGCGCGGGAACCGCUGCCGCGGGACGUGGAGCGGGAGAUGAAGAAGGACCGGUCCGCCGGGAGGCUGCCGCUGGACGUGCACGUCCGGGGCAAGGUGUGGUUCAAGUACGGCCUGGUGAGGACGCGGCGGUACAAGAUGCGCGCGAGCUGCCCGCUGGUGCCCGUCGAGUUCGCCUCGCCCAGCUCCUUCGACCGGGUCUACUGCCACGUGCAUAUCUGAGUCCCGUGCACGUACAUAUUAUACGGUGUGUGUCUGCUUUGCUUGUGUGUUUGGUCAGAGGAUUCGUUCCCCAUGCUUGGAUUAUUAGUUUGAUGGUACAUGUUGUUUUUAUUCAAUCUUCAUUUGUAUUACGAU